AUGGCCCCGGGAAGAUGCGCCGUGGAAGGUUGGACCUUGGAGAGGAAGGCAGUGAAAAAGGUCCUGCGCUCCUGGCUCCUGGUCUACACCUGUGUCUGUUCCUGCAUCUGCUGGGCAGUUUCUGUUCCAGAGCAGGGAGGAGGUGAGGGGGCGAAGCUUGGGACAUUCACUUGCUUCAGCAACGGUGUCCUCAGGAUUGACUGCCGCUGGUCAGCUCCAGAGCUGGGCCAGGAAUCCAGGGCCUGGCUCCUCUUUACCAGUAACCAGGUGAUGGACAGCAAGCACAGGUGCACGUUCUGGGACAGGACCUGUACCGUGGUGCUGCCGCCCGAGGAGGUGUUCUUGCCGACCGACAACUUCACCGUCACUUUCCACCGCUGCGUCAUGGGGCAGGAGCAGGUCAGCCUGGUGGACUCACAAUACCUGCUCAGGAGACAUGUCAAGCUGGACCCUCCCUCUGAUUUGCAGAGCAAUGUGAGCGCUGAGCGGUGUGUCCUGACUUGGAGCAUCAGUCUUGCUCUGGAGCCCCUGAGCCCAUUCCUCAGCUAUGAGCUGGCUUUCAAGAGGCAGGAAGAGGCCUGGGAGCAGGCCCGGCACAAGGACCAUAUUGUUGGAGUGACCUGGCUCGUCCUUGAAUCCGUCGAACUGAAUCCCGGUUCCACCUACGAGGCCAGACUGCGUGUCCAGAUGACUUUCUGGGGGGAUUAUGAUGAUGUGGCAGAGGGGGAGUAUUCUAAGAGCCACUGGAGUGAGUGGAGCGAGCCCGUGCCCUUUCCCUCUCCCCGGAGAUGGAGACAGGGCCUCCUGGUCCCAUCACGGCGAUGGUCAGACAGCAUCCUUGUUGCUGUGUCCAUCUUUCUUCUGCUGACUGGCCUUGUCCACCUUCUGUUCAAGCUUUCACCUAGGGUGAAGAGAAUCUUCUCCCAAAAUGUUCCCUCUCCCGAGGCAUUUUUCCAUCCUCUCUACAGUGUGUACAAUGGGGACUUCCAGACCUGGGCAGGGGCCCACAGAGCCGGACCACAACCGAGACAGGAUGAUGUCAGCACUCCAUCAGGAGGCUCGGAGUCCAGCAUCUGGGAGGCUAUCACAGCACUCACCUACAGCCCGGCGUGCCCUGUGCAGUUUUCCGGCCUGAAGUGGGAGUACAUGGGCUCUGGCUUCCCAGAGCCCCCAAGCUCAGAGAAUGUGCUGCCCACAGGCUGUCUGGAGCUGGAAGGACAGCCAUCUGCCUACCUGCCCCAGGAGGACUGGGCCCCCCUGGGCUCUCCCAGGCCCCCUCCUCUAGACUCAGACAGUGGAAGCAGUGACUAUUGUGUCUUGGACUGCUGUGAGGAGUGCCAGCUCUCAGCCUUCCCAGAACUCACCCAGAGCCCCGAGCUCACACAGGCUCAGCUUAUGGCCCUUCCUGUGUCCAGCAGGGCCUGACACCUACCAGGGAAUGUGGGCACUGUCCUCCCUCCUACCCUUGGAUGGCACCAGACUUAGCCUCAGCCAGACGCACCAUGCAUGAACCGAAGGCCCUGGGGCUUACCCUUGGGUGGGGGCAGGGAACUCUGGAGAGGAUGCAGUUGUGGUGAUGGAAGCAACCGGCUGCUUUUCACCCCUCUGCUGGAGUCUCAUCCUAACACCAGCACCCGCCACCCUCUCCUCUUUCGGGCUUUGUCUUAGGCCUGAAAAGAGGGUUCGACCGACAGGCAGCUUGGCCUGUCCUCAUGCCUUUAAAGGGUUAGCCUGAGCCCAGGGACACUGCUGAGACACGAGUGAAUUGUCCUCCCUCUGUGCUUUCCUGAGGUGCCUUCUGCACUAAGUCAAAACGACAUUUGACCUUCCAGACUGUGCGUGGCUGGGGCUGGAGAGAAUUCUGGAGCUUCGAGCAGCUGAGAUUGACCGUCUCCCAGCUUUCAGGGUUCUAAGAUCAGCAGGAUGGAGUCUCACUGGGUGAUUCAGAGAACAAAGUAAUUAACCCGUGUGUGUUAAUUGCUUUCCUGUUGAUGUGAUAAAAGCGGCUUAUGGAAGAAAGUGCUUGUUUUGGUUUAAGGUUCGAGAGGAAUAGGAAUAAUACAUCCUGGUGCCGAGGCCUGGUGGCAAGGGGCCAGUGUGGCAGCAGGGACAGGAAGCUGUGUAGUGGAAGUUUUGCUUUCUUUAAAACCCAGUGAUGUUACGUUUUUGUUUUAAUCCCAACCAUGGGACAUAGGGCCGCAUUAGUUUCUCCACAGCUGAUAACAACCUCCUUCAGUGACUCGGAGAGGAGGGGGGCGUGGUCUUUGUCAAUUGAUAACAGCCUCUUCAGGCUUCUGAGGAAGUAGCUUUGAGGGACGAUCGGAGAAGGAAGAAGGCUGCUGCUGCGUUUGCUAGUUUACUGGUUAGCUGGACUACCAGAUAUCCUGACAACUGAGAUCGGACUUGCCCCAAAGAACCCGAGGGCCCUAAACAACUGGAAGUAACCAAAGAGCACGCCGCCCCCUCUCCCCACUCACCUUCUUUCUCUCCUACCCAGGGUUGGGGUGCUGGAAGGUAUCAGGAGGGAUAAAGGUUGGAGAAGGAAGGUAGAGGCAUAAGAAGCCCCAUUAAAACAGAGUUAAAACGUAACGCUACAAAGCCGAGAGCUCACAUCUCAGUCAAAAGCAUGAAGCAGAGCGAAGAGCCCUGACGUUUUUCACCCUAGCAAGGCUCCACAACCUCCCUAAACAGCGCCACCAAGUGUUCAACUCUCUGAGCCUAUCUGUUCAGGUUCAUUUCUCGUUUAAACCAUCAUUACUACCUUCUGUCCCUAACCUUCCACUGUUUCUAGGAGAAAAAGCUGAAGCCAGCCAGGGCCACUAGAGAGAGUUGGAAGCAACCA